UCGACGAGUUCUCCGAGGCGCGCGCUCUCUCUCUCUCUCUCUCUCUCUCUCUUCGUAUGUUGUUUCACUGUGGUGACUGCAAGCUGGAACCUCAGUGCUGCCAGUGCCCACUGACGCCACUAUGAAAGGUGGUGAAUGAGAGGGAAUCGUUCGCUUUUCCUCGGUCUCCAUCUGUGACGGCCCCAAAAGCCCGAGAGGGAGAAGGUCGCCUUUCCCCUCUCUUACCUCGGCGACGCUUUGCUGCUCUCUCUGGUGAUUUUUCAAUUCCGUCGGGCCAAAAAGGUUUGCGUUAGAGUGAGUUAGGCCUAAAAUUCAGCUGAAACAUAACAUAGAUUUCAGCAGGAAUUCCUGCCGUCAGUGUGGUAUAUGAUCUUUGACCGAUUUGUCGUCUCUUAGGAUCUGCAAAGCCAGUGUGUAAAAUCUUUCCAAGUCUUCCAAUACUCUGUUCGGCAUAAUGGUUUCGAGAUCGUACUCAAACCUUCUGGACCUUGCGUCCGGCGAGUUCCCCGCAUUUGGCCGGACUGGCAAGAAGCUCCCUAGAGUGAUGACUGUCGCCGGGAUCAUCUCCGAUCUGGACGAGGAGAACACCAACAGUAUGACGUCGGAUGGCCCCUCUUCUGUCUCUCAGGACCGGAUGAUCAUAGUCGGCAAUCAGCUGCCGAUUCGCGCUCACCGAAGACCCGAUGGCAAGGGCUGGAACUUCAGCUGGGACGAGGACUCGCUACUCCUGCAGCUCAAAGAUGGUCUUGGGGAGGACGUGGAAGUCGUAUAUAUCGGUUGCUUGAGGGAGGAGAUAGAUCCCGCAGAACAGGAUGAUGUUUCCCAGACGUUGCUCGAGACGUUUAGGUGCGUCCCGACGUUCCUCGCGCCCGAUCUCUUCUCCAAGUUCUACCAUGGGUUCUGCAAGCAGCAUCUGUGGCCCCUGUUCCACUACAUGCUCCCCCUGUCGCCGGACCUCGGCGGGCGUUUCGACCGGGUUCUUUGGCAAGCUUAUGUUUCGGUGAACAAGAUAUUUGCGGACAAGAUCAUGGAGGUGAUAAAUCCGGAUGAUGAUUUCGUGUGGGUGCAUGAUUACCAUCUUAUGGUGUUGCCGACCUUCCUGAGGAAGAGGUUUAACAGGGUGAAGCUUGGGUUCUUUCUCCAUAGCCCGUUUCCCUCUUCCGAGAUUUACAGAACCCUUCCUGUGAGAGAUGAACUCCUCAGAGCUCUCCUGAACGCCGAUCUCAUUGGCUUUCAUACCUUCGAUUACGCCAGACACUUCCUUUCUUGCUGUGGUAGAAUGCUUGGCCUCGCCUAUGAAUCGAAAAGGGGCUACAUUGGGCUCGAGUACUACGGCCGCACUGUCAGUAUCAAAAUCCUUCCGGUAGGGAUUCACACCGGUCAGCUCCAGUCGGUUCUACGGCUUCCAGAAACCGAAGCUAGAGUAUCUGAGCUCAGGGAUCAACUCAAGGAUCGAAUCGUAUUGCUUGGAGUGGACGACAUGGACAUAUUCAAAGGAAUAAGCUUAAAGCUUUUGGCCACGGAGCAAUUGCUUGUGCAGCACCCGGAGUGGAGGGAGAAGGUGGUGUUGGUGCAGAUUGCCAAUCCCGCAAGAGGCCGAGGCAAAGAUGUGCAAGACGUGCAAUCGGAGAUGCAUACCACCGCUGAAAGGAUAAAUGAGAGAUUCGGAAGGCCAGGCUACAAACCUGUCAUCUUGAUCGAUCACCCACUUCAGUUCUACGAGAGGAUUGCGUAUUAUGUAAUCGCCGAGUGUUGUCUGGUCACGGCAGUGAGGGAUGGGAUGAAUCUGAUACCCUACGAGUAUGUGAUUUGCCGGCAAGGUACCGAGAGAUUGGAUGAGAUACUGCAGCUCGGUCCAUCGGUGCCGAAGAGGAGCAUGCUGGUUGUCUCUGAAUUCAUCGGCUGUUCUCCAUCCCUCAGCGGAGCCAUUCGUGUCAAUCCAUGGAACAUAGAUUCCGUGGCUGAGGCAAUGGACACAGCUUUGGUAAUUCAGGAGUCGGAGAAACAAUUACGCCACGAGAAGCAUUACAAGUAUGUGAUCACCCACGAUGUUGGAUAUUGGGCAAACAGCUUUUUGCAAGAUCUGCAGAGGGCUUGCCGAGACCACACGAUGAGGAGGUGCUGGGGGAUUGGUUUCGGCUUAGGCUUCAGGGUCAUUGCGCUAGAUUACACUUUCAGGAAGCUGUCCGUAGAUCACAUUGUGUCUGCUUACCGAAGGACCAAAAGCCGAGCCAUUCUCUUGGAUUACGAUGGUACCAUAAUGCCUCAGACGUCGAUCAACAAGACCCCGACCCCUGAGGCCAUCAGUACAUUGAAGAGCUUGUGCGAUGAUCCCAGGAAUGUGGUGUUUCUUGUUAGUGGAAGAGACAAGAUCACUCUGAGCGAGUGGUUUUCUUCUUGCGACAAGCUAGUAAUUGCAGCCGAGCAUGGCUACUUCCUGAGGGAGAAGUCUGAUGCAGAAUGGGAAACAUGCGUUUCGGUGGCCGACUUCGACUGGAAGCAGAUGGCAGAGCCGAUCAUGCAGUUAUACACCGAAGCCACUGAUGGUUCGUCCAUAGAGACCAGGGAAAGUGCACUCGUCUGGCACUACCAGUAUGCUGAUCCGGAUUUCGGGUCAUGCCAAGCCAAAGAACUCCUCGACCAUCUAGAGAGCGUCCUCACGAACGAGCCGGUGUCCGUGAAGAGUGGCCAACACAUCGUAGAAGUCAAGCCACAGGGUGUGUCGAAGGGCGUGGUGGCGGAACGACUUCUGUCCACAGCAAGCCAGAAGGGCGUGCUUCCGGAUUUUGUUCUUUGCAUAGGUGAUGAUAGAUCAGACGAGGAUAUGUUCGAAGUCAUCAUGAGCGCCACGGCCGGACCUAAUCUCUCACCGGUCGCAGAAGUGUUUGCCUGCACGGUCGGGCAAAAGCCGAGCAAAGCAAAGUACUUCUUGGAGGAUACUACCGAGAUCGUCAGAAUGUUGCAGGGCCUCGCGACGGCUUCAGACCAAAUGGCUCGUGCUGCUGCAUCUCAAACUCCGCCACAGUGAAUCAAGCAAUGCUGUUUUUGUUCCUCCCGUGUUUAUGUAUAUAUGUCCACGUCUGCUAUAACAUAAACUUGGUAGAACAUUUGCGCUCUACUUUUGGGAUUGGACUGCUCCUUCUCGAUU